GGCAGGCAGGGAGGGGGUCGCUCACCCUCGCCCCAACGCGAGAAGUGUGCGGGUCCUGCUACAUCUGGACUGGGGCGCACCCCACGCCCCCUCCCCCUGUGGGAGGGGGUGGGUAGAAAGUUCCGACUCUGGGUCCACCUCAGUGGGGCCCGUGUAUUUUCUAAAGGUGGCUUUGACCCCGGGUUGCCCAGCCAGUGCGACCGAGGUGGCUGGACAGCUGGAGGAUGAACGGAGAAGCCGACUGCCCCACAGACCUGGAAAUGGCCGCCCCCAAAGGCCAAGACCGCUGGUCCCAGGAAGACAUGCUGACCCUGCUGGAGUGCAUGAAGAACAACCUUCCCUCUAACGAUAGCUCCAAGUUCAAGACCACCGAGUCACACAUGGACUGGGAAAAGGUCGCAUUUAAAGACUUUUCUGGCGACAUGUGCAAGCUCAAGUGGGUGGAGAUUUCGAAUGAGGUGAGGAAGUUCCGAACAUUGACAGAAUUGAUCCUUGAUGCUCAGGAACACGUUAAAAACCCUUACAAAGGCAAAAAGCUCAAGAAACACCCUGACUUCCCAAAGAAGCCUCUCACCCCCUACUUCCGCUUCUUCAUGGAGAAGCGGGCCAAGUAUGCAAAACUCCACCCCGAGAUGAGCAACCUGGACCUGACCAAGAUCCUGUCGAAGAAAUACAAGGAGCUUCCGGAGAAGAAGAAGAUGAAGUAUAUUCAGGACUUCCAGAGGGAAAAACAAGAGUUCGAAAGAAACCUGGCCCGUUUCAGGGAGGACCACCCCGACCUUAUCCAGAAUGCAAAGAAGUCGGACAUCCCCGAGAAGCCCAAAACCCCCCAGCAGCUGUGGUACACUCACGAGAAGAAGGUGUACCUUAAAGUACGGCCAGAUGAGAUCAUGCGUGACUACAUCCAGAAGCACCCAGAGCUGAACAUCAGCGAGGAGGGCAUCACCAAGUCUACCCUCACCAAGGCGGAGCGCCAGCUCAAGGACAAGUUUGACGGGCGACCCACCAAGCCACCUCCGAACAGCUACUCGCUGUACUGCGCUGAGCUGAUGGCCAACAUGAAGGACGUGCCCAGCACGGAGCGCAUGGUGCUGUGCAGCCAGCAGUGGAAGCUGCUGUCCCAGAAGGAGAAGGACGCCUACCACAAGAAGUGCGACCAGAAGAAGAAAGAUUAUGAGGUGGAGCUGCUGCGCUUCCUGGAGAGCCUGCCGGAGGAGGAGCAGCAGCGGGUGCUGGGCGAGGAGAAGAUGCUGAACAUCAGCAAGAAGCAGGCCGGCAGCCCGGCCGCCAAGAAGCCAGCGCCAGAGGGCGGCAAGGCCGGCGCCGAGAAGCCCAAGCGGCCCGUGUCGGCCAUGUUCAUCUUCUCUGAGGAGAAGCGGCGGCAGCUGCAGGAGGAGCGGCCGGAGCUGUCGGAGAGCGAGCUGACCCGCCUGCUGGCUCGCAUGUGGAACGACCUGUCGGAGAAGAAGAAGGCCAAGUACAAGGCCCGCGAGGCUGCCCUGAAGGCGCAGUCGGAGAGGAAGCCGGGCGCCGAGCGCGAGGAGCGGGGCAAGCUGCCCGAGUCGCCCAAGCGGGCCGAGGAGAUCUGGCAGCAGAGCGUCAUCGGCGACUACCUGGCGCGCUUCAAGAAUGACCGGGUGAAGGCCCUCAAGGCCAUGGAGAUGACCUGGAACAACAUGGAGAAAAAGGAGAAGCUGAUGUGGAUCAAGAAGGCUGCAGAGGAUCAGAAGCGCUACGAGAGAGAGCUGAGUGAGAUGCGAGCACCCCCAGCCACGGCCAACUCUUCGAAGAAGAUGAAGUUCCAGGGGGAGCCCAAGAAGCCCCCUAUGAACGGGUACCAGAAGUUCUCCCAGGAGCUGCUGUCCAACGGGGAGCUGAACCACCUGCCCCUGAAAGAGCGCAUGGUGGAGAUCGGCAGCCGCUGGCAGCGCAUCUCCCAGAGCCAAAAGGAGCACUACAAGAAGCUGGCAGAAGAGCAGCAGAAGCAGUACAAGGUGCACCUGGACCUCUGGGUCAAGAACCUCUCUCCCCAGGACCGAGCAGCCUACAAGGAAUACAUCUCUAAUAAGCGCAAGAGCAUGACCAAGCUACGGGGCCCAAACCCCAAGUCCAGCCGGACCACCUUGCAGUCCAAGAGUCGGAGGAUGAGGACGAGGACGACGAGGAGGAGGAUGAGGAGGAUGAGGAGGAGGACGACGAUGAGAACGGUGACUCCUCGGAGGAUGGUGGCGACUCCUCUGAGUCCAGCAGCGAGGAUGAGAGCGAGGACGGGGACGAGAACGAGGACGACGACGAGGACGAGGACGACGACGACGACGAUGACGAAGAUGAAGACAACGAGUCCGAGGGCAGCAGCUCCAGCUCCUCGUCCUCGGGGGACUCUUCAGACUCGGACUCCAACUGAGGCCCGGCCGGGGUGGCCGCGAGCCUGUACCCCAGCCGCCUGCCUUCGCCUCGACCGUGUUUGGCCCCCUGCUCUGGCCUCCCCCACUUUCUUUUCUUUUUUCUUUUUUAAACAAAACAUGGUGGGGGUAGGGGCUGUAGGAACCUGCACGCCCCCCAGGGACCGCGGCCGCCGCGCUGAGCCAGCAGGGGGCGCCGGCCACCACCCGCCUGCGCUUGCGGUUCGGCCGGACAGUGCCCCGGGCGGGCUGGGGACUCGGCCAGGAGCCCGCACCUGCAGCCCCUGGAGGCGGCGGGCGGCCUGGAGGAGCUGGCCUGGAGGGGCUGCGGCCCACGCGCUGGAACUGAGGCGGGAGCCGGGGGAGGGCGGCCGGGCGCUGCCGCUGUCCUGCCCGCCCCCACGGAGGCGGGCACCGCCCAGGCCCACCUGGGGAGGGGCAGAAGUGUUUUUUAUAUAUGUGUAUAUAUUUUUUUUUUUAAGCUCUGAGCUGUCAACGAGACGUUUCCUACCGAUCUCGGCUGCCGUCUCUGUUGUCAUUUCUGGGAGAGGGAGGGCUUAGGGUAUAGGAUGGGGACUUUUUUAAACAGUCCUCGUGUGCGUGAGAGAGUGUGAGUGCGUGUGUCCUGUACAUAGUGUGGGUGCACCUGUGGCCGCGCGUGCACACCAGUCUCUCCUGGAGCCCCCUGCGGUGGCCUGUGAGCAGAAGGUUGGUGACAGCCAGGACUUGGGCCGGGGCCGGCGGGCCACAGCUGCCCUUCCAGCACCCUCCUGCGCUGUUCUCUGGCUCCAAGGCCCUCAUCUACGUCCUGUCCGCCAGGGUCACGCGCCGCAGCUCUUGCAGGUCCUUGCCAGCCAGCAGCAAGGUGACAAGGGUGAAAGCCAGUGAACAGAGAGCUGCUCCUUGGGCCUCCAGGGGUCGGGGGGGCUGUGGGAAGCCGGUCACGAUGGCGCACAUUCCUGCCUGGCCCACUCUCCUGGCUGCCCUGUUUCAUUUCUCAGGUCUGUGCCUACUCUUCCCUACCCCAGCCCCACAUCAGGGGGCUCCCGCCAGCUGACCCCAGACUGGCUGGCUGCCCCAUGUCCUUGGUGUCCAGAUUCCGCAACUUUUCAUAUGCCAAGCCCGCUCCUCCCUGGAUACUUUUUUUUUUUUUAAAUCAUGCCCAUCCUCUACUUAGGGGGACCUUGUUUUCCCAGCCCCAGGAGGGGGGGGAAUCAAGCAAUGGGGCCCAGACUCUGGUGUGGGGUGGGGACCGGGGUAGGCCCCCCAUGUCCACCCCCUUCCACUGUCCAGACAUGGAAUUGGGCACAGGGUUUAUAGUUUCCUUUCCCAGGAGCCCAGCAAGGAAUUAUUCCAUAUUUGAAAGCUCUGCACUAUUACGUUUUAGUGGAUUAUUGCAUUUCCAGCAACUUUGAACAGGAUACUUUUUUUUUUUCCUGUUUCAAAAACUUACUCAUUCUUAUUGUGCGGGCAGGGUCGGGGGCACAGGGACUGGUGCUGUAAGAGGCCGCACUGAGUGCGUUUUGGCACUGGGUGGGGCCAGAUGCGGGGGACCCCCGCCCCUUUUUUUCUAAUACUUAAGGCGUGUUUUGUAGGUUUCAACAACAGCCACCUUGAAUUUGUACCAUGGGAGGUGGGAGGGAGUGGCCUGGUGUCUGCCUAAGCUAAUGGCCGACUGUGGACGUUUUGUUUCCCCUUUUUUUGUACAAUAAAGUA